AUGGCUGAGGACGUUUUCUUCAGCGUGCUGUGUUCAGACUUCAGUGGCUGCAUUGCUGCUGCAACAGGUUUCCUGCACGCACUGAGAGAUGAAGGCCUUCAGCGCUUGAGCAGCUUCUUUCAGUGGAGAGAGUUUCAAUACGACGAUCAAAGACGUUUUAUACAUCAGGAGUUUGUGUAUGAGAAUGUGAUGACCUGUUUAAACCGUGGGCAUCCAUGGACUGCAGUGGCCCAAAUAGCAAAGCUGAGUAAAGAGCUCCUCCCUGAGCUUACAGAUUUGGACCAAUCUGAAGCCAUCUCUCUUAUCCAGGCACAGCUGAGACAAUGUAGGCCACAACUGUCUCCAGCCCAUUAUGCCUCUGUCCUUGACUUAAUGGUGGUGACUUAAAUCCACCAUCAGCGCCUUUAUCAAGCUUUUUUAAAGGGAGAAGCGAACCUAAAGUGCUUGCAGUCCCAUUAUGUGAUCGAUGUGCCUUUACAUCCAAUACCACUGUGUGAGGGAACAGAUGAAGCCGAGUGGCAGAAACAAGAGACGUUGAAGGAGCUGAUGACAGCUGAGGCAGAUAAAUAUGCAGAAAUCUGUAAACUCAGACAGCGGGCUGAAGCAAAGCUUAUGGUACAGCUGAAAAACAGUCUUAAUGAGCUUUCACUGGAAGCCAGACCAGACAGAAAGGCUGUGAAAAGCAUGGUACACUCAGAGCUGUGGAAGAGCUGUUGGAACGAAGACUGAAACACAUAACUCUAAAAGGAGUAUUAAAGGAGCGUUCAUCCAACACAUCUGGUUUCUCUGAAAAAAGCUCCAUGUCAAGCUCCACAAAAACAAAAAAGAAAUAAAGCUUAAAGUAAAAGCAUUUAAAAUACUGUAGACAUAAAAUACAAAUUUCUGAUGUAUAUUCUCACUU